AUGGUUGAUCAUGUUGGCUUUAGAAGGUACUCUCAUGCAUUGCAACCAAUAUUUAAAGUUGUUUCCCGAAACACAAUCAAGACUGACAUCAUGAAGAUAUUCGAGUAUGAAAGAAAUAUAGCAAUGAAAUUAUUAGACUCAAAUGCUAGUCGAAUUGCGUUGACAACUGAUAUGUGGACGGCAAGUAAUCAGCAAAGAGGAUUCAUGGCCAUCACUUCACAUUUCAUCGAUGUUUCAUGGAAAUUACAAAGUCGGCUUGUCAGGUUUAUAUAUGUACUGUGUCCACAUACUGCUGAGGUUCUCGCAAAUGUACUUGUUGAUUGCCCAUUGGAUUGGAACUUGGAUCGUAAGUUAUCUACUUUAACCGUUGAUAAUUGCACAACUAAUGAUGAUAUGAUUGAGCUUAUUCUGGACAAGCUUCCUCCGAGUUCACUUAUCUUAGAAGGAAAAUUAUUUCACAUGCGGUGUUGUGCCCAUAUUUUGAAUUUGGUUGUGAGGGAUGGACUAAAAUUAAUUAAUGAUAGCAUUGAAACAAUUCGUUAUAGUGUCGCAUUUUGGACAGUAACACUAAAAAGAGAUGAAAAAUUUAUUGAAAUAGCCCAACAAUUGAAGGUUCCAAGCACAAAGAAACUAGAACUUGAUUUCAAAACACGAUGGAACUCUACAUAUUUAAUGUUUAACACUGCAUUGGAAUAUGAAGCUGUGUUUGCUCGUUUGAAACAAUGUGAAACUUUAUAUAAAAGAGUUCCCACACAAGAAGAUUGGUCAAAAGUGAGAGAGAUUUCUUCUAAAUUGGAGAUGUUUUUUGAUGCCACAGAGUUAUUUUCGAGGACCAAGUAUCCCACUAUAAAUCUUUUCUUCUCUAUUAUUUGCGAUAUUAAGUUGGCAAUUGGUGAUUGGCUUCUCUCGGAUGAUAAUGUGGUGAAAACAAUGACAACAAAUAUGAAAGUAAAGUUUGAAAAAUAUUGGGAUGUAAUGAAUUGUUUAUUGGCAAUUGGGAGUAUUUUAGAUCCAAGGUACAAGAUGAAGACAGUUCAAUUCUAUUAUCCUCUUGUUUAUGGUGAUAUGUCUUCUUAUGAGAUUGAAAAACUAAAGAAAAAGUUGUGUGACAUGGUUGAAAAGUAUGAGAUGAAAUCCAAACAAUCACAGAAAGUGAAAAAUUCACAAUCUUCUUCUUUAAGGCCUCCACUUCCUAAGCGUCGUACUUAUGCUGAUAAAUUUGAGAUGUUCAUGGAUUCUAAUAAUAGUACUGAACAUGAGAAGUCAGACUUGGAUUAUUAUUUAGAAGAGUCUCUUUUGCCAAGAACAAGUGAGUUUGAUAUCUUAUGUUGGUGGAAGACAAAUGAGAUCAAAUAUCCCAUUUUGCAUGCACUACAACAAAAACCCUCAUAG